UAUUGUAUAUGUGAGCUCAGGUAAAACAAGUUCCUCAGUCGUCUACCAACUUGAUCGGAAGCUUCUAAAAGUCACUGGCCAGCGACAUAAACUCCACGUGUCUAUAACAUACAACUGCGCUACUCCUGAAUAUAUUUGUGUCUGUAACAACCCAACAAUCGUUUUACUGAAGAAACAGCCCAUGCAGCCAUUGCAAAGUAAGACGGAAGUACUUCUAUGAGAAAUUGAAGAUGAUACCAAGGCUUUGCAGAAGGAACCGAGGCCUUCUUUACAUAUUCGUGGCCUUCUCGGCAGUCGUGUCGUUUGUUCUGUGGAUAGCCAUUCAGCAGACAGGCCAAGCCGAUGUUUCAUCCAAGAGAACAAGUUCACGAGACAUAUAUGUACUUAAUCAAUAUAUACUCAAGAUUCAUAAUUUCUCAGCCAAGGCUCCGAUAUCGAAUUGGAAGAAAACAAAACUAAGAGGCGAUAAAAUUGAUAAAAGCGCGCCACAACAUCCCGUACUAGUAUGGUGGGCCCCUGUUUCCGGUAUGACGAAUCAUGGAAUUACCUGUGGCGACGUCAAGUGUGAUGUGUCGGUUAAGAGAGGGUUGAAAAACGAUCCGAGCGUACGAGCGUUCCUGUUUUACGGAACACAAUUUGAAUUUAGUCCUCUGCCUUUACCACGACUUCCGCAUCACUUAUGGGCACUCGAACACGACGAAUCGCCAAAAAAUAACGAGUUCAUUUUCUCCCACGAGGAAGUCAUGACCCUCUUUAACUUCACUUCAACAUUUAAGAGGGAGUCAUCAUACCCCGUGUCGACAAUGGCACUGCCCAGUUUAGACUGGCUUUUGAGUAAGGAGUACUUACUGUCGUCUGAACAGAAAAACAGCCUACAGAACACAAAAGGCUUGGCUCCCGUGAUAUUUGUUCACAGUGACUGCAAUGUACCAUCCGGACGUGAUAAAUACUUGAAACUACUUCAGAAGUACGUCAAGGUCGACGUGUACGGCAGUUGUGACGCAAACAAAGAAUUACCCGCACAUUUAAAGGGCAUGGAGAAAUAUCAGGACAAGGCUUUCUUCAGUUUCAUCGCCCAGUACAAGUUUGCCUUCGCCUUUGAGAACGCCGUCUGUGAUGACUACAUGACCGAAAAGCUAUGGCGACCAUUUCAUUUAGGGGUUAUCCCUAUUGUAUUCGGCUCACCAAAGGUCAAGGAAUUCCUUCCAAGUGAUAAAUCCGCUUUGGUCAUUGAAGAUUACCCAAGUGUGCAGAAUCUUGCACAGGAAAUCAAACUUUUGGAUGAAAACGAUUUUAUGUAUGACGAAUUUGUAAGCUUCAAAACGGAUGGAAUUUCCAAUAAAAAUCUCCUGCAGGUUUUAAAUGAUCGAGAAUGGUCUGUUAGUGGAAUGGAUCGUUCGAAGAAAUUCUAUAACCACUUUUCUGGAUUUGAGUGUUUUAUAUGUAGAAAAAUCCAUGAAAACAUGCUCCGUGAAAGUAAAAUGAAAUCACCUGUGAUCUCCGUAGCAAGAAAGGACCAUUAUGGCUGUCCCAGACCAAAAAGUUUCAACGAACAAGGGAAAUAUGUGGCAGACAAUGAGAACUACGAUAGUGUCUAUACAUACUCGCGUCAUAUGGCGAUGGCAUUUAGACAUUUCUAUGACACGAGUAAUAUCACGUACACAAACAAAGAUGUCGUAGAGCUGGCUCGCCUGUAUCAGAAAAAAGAUCAGAGGAGACGUCCAUGAUUUCAGUCUUCUGCUCAGCUUCAAGUAUGCCCACAACAAAAAUGUCGGUCAUCUUAAAACUGGAUAACUGAAGCACUCCUCAAUUUCUAUUUGAUACAUCGUGUAACUAAGUAAUAUUAGAUGAAAAUAUAAUAAUAUGGCCAUAGAACAUUAUGCUCUAUCAUGCUGACGUAUAUAAUCAUGUCAAAUGAACUUUGACCAUGUAAGAUAAGCAUGUUCGCUGGUGUUUUCUAAUGCGACAAAGGAGAAUAACUAUUGUCGGUUAUUUUGACAAACGUACAUCUCGGAGAAAUUGAGAUGAUAUUCGAAGAUUUCCGGAAAUUCCGAAAGAUGCUUUGAUUGGCUAUUUUGGAUAUCCAAAAUAGGCAAUCAAAACGUCUCGGGGACAUUUCAGACAAUCUUCUGAAACUUCUCGACCAAUAAUGUAAAUGUCCUCUUUUUUAAAUUGAAAUGUUUUCAAAUAUCUCAAAAUUUUGGGAUGCGGGGACUGUGUGAAGGAAACGUGUUUGUCUUGUAUCUGACAUCAGGUCAUCGUCGGAUACCCACGAUUGAUUGCACUAUAUUCCACAUUACACUGAACACAGCCAAGCGUAGUGCAAUAAACCGUGGGUAUCCGACGAUCACAUCAGGUUAACUACCGAUUGUCAUGAAAAAAAAUAUGGAUAAAAUAGACGAUGUGGGUAAAAAAAACAGAAAGGUAUUUUGCUGAUGCAAGCAUAUGUGUAAUUUGUGGAGUUGAUUACUUAGAUAAUUAACUUAAAAUAUGUUAACCUGCCAAUAUAACUUUGGUUAGUGUAAAGAGGAAGGGUAACUGGUGUUCAUUGCCAUAUUUGGAUUGGGCUACUAUACAAGACAGUCAGUGUAUACAACGCAACGUGUCAGUGGUUUCUAUGCACACACCUGUGCAGGUAAAAACUGGAGUGCGCUGUAGCUAUUUAUAGACACUGUAUACGUUGCGUAAAGUAUUUACAUUAUACAUGUAUAAUAUCUUUGAAGUGAGAUAGCACUCAAACUAAACAGUUCCAUUAGUAAAGUUCAAUUAUACGGUUGGCGAAACUUACAUUGAAAACAAACGUCUUCACGCACCAGGUUAAAUGAUCAUAAUUCUGCUGUUAUAGUGUAUUUUCUCCUCCUAUGUGAUGACACGUCAGACACUAACGGCGGCCAUCUUAUUUUGUCAUACCCUUGUCGGAGUACCCGGAGAAAAACCACCGGCAUACGGUCCAGUAACAGGCAACUGCCCCACGCGGAUUUCGAACUCGCAAUCAAGAGGUGGAGGGCUAGUGAUAAAGUGUCGGUACCCCUUACAUUGUAGCCACUCGGCCAACGCGGCCUCUCAUCAAUAUUAGAUUUGUCAGACACAUUCCGUCCAGAUGUGUGAGAGUGCAAUACGAUUUUUCAUCAAAGACAGGGUAUUUUUGACAUUGUGGUGAAUAUUAUAGAAUAAGAUGCUGUUUAAAUGGCAUGUGAUCAUACAUUUAGCAUUCUGUGCUCUGGUUUUGAUACCUAAAUGUGAUAAAAAGUCCUGUCACUCCGGCCUUAAUUGAUAUUGGUUAGUUUCGCUCCAUAAAUCAUCAUACUACUUGAAACAAUGUGCCAGUUAGUAUAUAGUUUAUAGUGUGCUACAGUAAGAUGUCCGUCAUAUCGUUUGGUUAAUAUUUCAUAUUCAUAUGACGAUAUUUUAUGUCUGUUAUCGACAAUGACAACAAACGUAAACAAACGAAAGAAUUUUACAUAGCUUCCAUGUUCCUUUCACUGGUGAAAUAUUUAUCCAUUGGAUAUUUCUCCCUACCUUACCGAUUAUUAAUUGUGCUCGUUUUUUUUUGCGU